GAAGAAGCAGAUCGCGGAGAUGGAAUGCGUUUUUGGUCUUGUCGGCAACGACUUCGUGGUUGUGGCGGCCGAUACCUCGGCAGUGCACAGCAUCCUUGUACACAAGUCUAAUGAGGACAAGAUCAUGGUCCUCGAUUCUCACAAGCUCAUUGCCGCUAGUGGUGAGCCGGGAGACAGGGUUCAGUUCACGGAGUACAUACAGAAGAAUGUGGCGCUCUAUCAGUUCCGUAAUGGGAUCCCUUUGACCACUUCUGCUGCUGCUAAUUUCACUCGUGGUGAGCUCGCCACUGCUUUGCGCAAGAACCCAUACUUUGUGAACAUCCUUCUGGCUGGUUAUGACAAAGAAACAGGCCCAUCCCUCUACUAUAUUGAUUACAUUGCUUCACUCCACAAGGUUGAGAAGGGAGCCUUUGGUUAUGGCUCAUAUUUUUCGCUAUCAAUGAUGGACAGACACUUCCAUAGUGGGAUGUCAGUGGAAGAAGCAAUUGAUUUGGUUGAUAAAUGCAUUAUGGAAAUCAGAUCCAGACUGGUUGUGGCUCCUCCUAACUUUGUCAUAAAGAUCGUUGACAAGGAUGGAGCAAGAGAGUAUGCAUGGCGACAAUCAGUGGAGGACACACAAGCCCCUCCAGCUUCUGUUCACUGAUCAGUAGGUUUUUUUUUUUGUGGGGGCCCCUUGCACUUUCUUCUGCCCACUUAAGUUGUAAUGUGUUUGUGGUAUCCUGACAAAUCUCGGCCUUUGAAUACCUAAAAGGUGGAUCUUUUGUUAAUUCACGUCUAACCAGGACGAUUUACGACUUGAUGAGUGCAUCAAUUUCAUUUGCAUUGAGAAAUUUAGAUGAAUUGGGGUUGGUAUGUCCCGUUUGAUAUUGGAUGAGUUCUUGAAGAAAGUGGGAGAAGUAGGCUUUUGAAA